AUGCAGAAGCAGUCCAGGACAUCUCUGCCAAAGGUCUUGUGCUGUGCUGGGAUCCAGAAGAGCAACCCUGUGGGUCACGGACAGGCCUUGUGCUCCUUCGCCAAAAGCUUCCGACUCAGAAGGGCUUGGCUGUGCCUCAUUGGCACGAGGAGGAGCAGCUUCCCCUUGGUCGAAGACUGCCUUGGGUCCUGCAGCAGCUGGUGGCUGGGAGGAGAGGGAGAUGAGGCAGCAGGUCCAUUGAAAGUGGCUAGGAAGAGCCAUGACUACUUCUGCCUCGGCCUUCUUUGCCCACAGGACAGUCCACCCCCACAUCAUGGCAAGCUGACUCCUGGUCCCUUGGUCUUGCCGCCUGCUCCGCCCACCGUCACCCCAUCCGAAGAGCCAGUCCAAGGAAUUGCCUUUCGAGCUGACCCUGCAGAGCCCAGAGUGGGUCCUCUGCCCCGCAUGGCUCGUGGGAGUGCAAGGGCCGCUGCUGCUGCUGCCGCCGCCGGCUCCUCCACCCCAACUUUCAAGGCAUCGUGGGGGAUGGGCCAGAAGAGGGUGGCCCUGAUUGCCUGCGUGCUGGUCCUCAUUGUGCUGCUGCUUGGCGUCAUCCUGCUAUUCUUGUUCUGGCGAUCCAGCACCGGCAUCGUGUACAAGGAGCCGGCCGAGAGCUGCGAUGAGCGCGCCGUGCGCUGCGACGGGGUCGCGGACUGCUCGCAGAGGAGUGACGAGCUGGACUGCGUGCGCUUCGGCUGGAACCAGUCCUUGCUCCACGUCUACUCCGGGGCCGAGAAGCGCUGGCUGCCCGUGUGCAGCCAGGCCUGGACGGAGGACUUCUCCAGAAUGACCUGCCGGCAGCUGGGAUUCCUAAAUGCCUCCCAAACGGAGUAUGUCCCUCUGCCUUUCUCUGGGAAAAGCCUUGCGGCUGGACAGCUGCACGACACCAUACAGCAGAGUCUCAACAGCUCCCAGUGUCUCUCUGGAAAAUACGUUUCCCUCCGAUGCACAAGCUGCGGCCAACGGAUAUCUGGCCGCAUUGUUGGCGGCACCGAAGCGUCAGCCAGUAAGUGGCCCUGGCAAGUGAGCCUCCAGUAUGGGUCAACUCACAUCUGUGGAGGAACCAUCAUUGAUCCGCAGUGGGUGCUCACCGCUGCCCACUGCUUCUUCAUGAACAGUGUGAAGAUUCUGGAUGAGUGGAAGGUGUAUGCUGGGGCCUCCGAUCUCAAGCAUCUGACGGAGGGCAUCCCUGUUGCCCAGGUGAUCAUCAACGCUAACUACAGCGAUGACCACGAUGACUAUGACAUUGCGCUGAUGAAACUCUCCCGGCCCCUGCCCCUCUCAGCUCACGUGCGCCCGGCCUGCCUGCCAAUGUCUGGCCAGAGGUUCCUUCCUGGGAGGACCUGCUCCAUCACGGGCUUUGGCAAGGUCAAUGAACAGGAAGAGAACACGUCCCCCAAGCUGCGGGAGGCAGAGGUGAAGAUCAUCGACUACCGACUCUGCAACAGCCAGAGUGUCUAUGAGGGCUAUCUGACUCCCCGCAUGAUGUGCGCGGGCUACUUGCAAGGUGGCCGAGACUCCUGCCAGGGUGACAGUGGUGGCCCCCUGGUCUGUCAGGACAGCAACCGUUGGUACUUGGCUGGUGUCACCAGCUGGGGGACCGGCUGCGGCCAGAAGAACAAGCCAGGUGUCUACACGCAGGUCACAAAGCUACUCAGCUGGAUUCACAGCAAAAUGGAGAGCCAGAGCAGCUGAUGAGAGGAGGGCUCUUUGCUGCUGCACCUGUGUCCCUGAUCUCACGGAAGAGCCCUCGUGGAGCUGUGGGAUCCUUGCUGCAGCUCGCUCCUCUUUAGGCAUCA